AAAUAGGUCUGCAAUUGCCGGUCAGAUCAAUUAGUUGGCAUUCUGUGCGGAGGGUAAGUUAGGCGCUCAUGGGAGACAAAAUGUUGGGGGUGGACGGAGUCACGACGCACGACGCAACGCAGUUCGUCAUGACCCUGAAUCACGCAGGGAUUUCUUUGCUGACGUGAAAUUUUCGGCAUGGCUGGUGUGUUGCAUAUUUACCGACAGCUAUAGUUGGUUUUCUCCACAUCAACACUUGUUUUUCUUCGUCCUUGUUUGAAUUUUUGUUAAAAAAAAAAAAAAAAGAAAAGAAAAAAGUGUACGGCUUUCAAGAAACAUUUCAUGCAUUCAGAACUUCCUCAGACUGUUCUGCUUUUAUCUGCGCCCACUGAAAAAGCGCUUGUUUUUUGCGGAUUUUUAUGCGCACACGCAGCUCCAUGCCUCCUGCACUUGUGGACGCUCUUUGUGUUUCGUGUCUUUGACGCUCUCCUCCGCCGCACGGAGCGGUGUUUCGGAUGCGCGGCUGCAGACGCUCAGAGAGCUCCCUGGUCACAUUCAGCACCACAGCGGCUGUGAACAGCUCCGUGUGGAUGGGCACUGCGCCUGCUCCCCGCGCCUCCUGCAGCUCCUAACAACCGGCGACAAAUGGCAUCACACGGCUUCUGGUCCCUCGGCGGGGAUAAUGCGGGGGCCAACACCGGGAGCCAGAGCCCCAGUACCCCCAGGGCUUGGUGUCAAGCAGCUGCCCAGAAAUUAUCCGGAGGAUUUGGAUCAAAAUUAUGUGCGCUGCUAAAUGUCGGAGAGGUGGAGAAACCCGCCGAGCCGGCCGCCGAGCAACCGCCGCAGACUGCUGCGGGAAGCUGCGGCUGCAACAAAUCCUGCACCUGCACCAAAGGCACCGAUGUGGGCUUCUCAGACCUCUAUUCAACAGACCUGCUACCUGCCAUGGACGGAGACACCAAAACGAUGACCUUCCUGCAGGAGGUCGUGGAUAUUUUACUGGCCUACAUAGUCGAGUCCUUCGACCGGGAAACGAAAGUGAUCGAUUUUCAUUAUCCCAACGAGCUGCUGCAGCUCAACAACUGGGAGCUGCAGGACGAGCCGGCCGCGUUGGAUGACAUCUUGAUCAGCUGCCGCGCAACUCUCAAAUACGCUAUAAAAACAGCCCACCCCAGGUACUUCAAUCAGCUCUCCACAGGAUUAGACAUGGUUGGUCUGGCUGCUGAUUGGCUGACAUCCACGGCCAACACCAACAUGUUCACCUAUGAGGUGGCUCCCGUGUUUGUGCUGCUGGAGUACGUCACCCUGAAGAAGAUGAGGGAGAUCAUUGGCUGGUCGGACGGGCGAGGAGACGGCAUUUUCUCGCCCGGUGGGGCUAUUUCUAACAUGUAUGCGAUGCUGCUGGCCCGCUUCAAGAUGUUCCCCGAAGUGAAGGAGAAAGGAAUGUCGUCUGUUCCCAGACUAGCGGCCUUCACAUCUGAACAUAGCCAUUUUUCCAUCAAAAAAGGAGCGGCUGCUCUUGGCAUUGGAACCGAAAGCGUGAUCUGCAUCAAAGCAGAUGAAUGUGGGAAACUGAUCCCCGCUGACCUUGAGAGGAGAAUACUGGAGGCAAAACAGAAGGGGUUCGUACCUUUCUUUGUAAGCGCAACAGCUGGGACAACUGUGUACGGAGCCUUUGACCCCCUCAUCGCCAUUUCCGACAUCUGCAGAAAGUACAACAUCUGGUUUCAUGUGGAUGGAGCGUGGGGAGGCAGUCUGCUCAUGUCCAGGAGACACAGGUGGAAAUUGGACGGUGUUGAGAGGGCCAACUCUGUGACCUGGAACCCUCACAAAAUGAUGUCCGUUCCUCUGCAGUGUUCUGCCCUGCUCGUUAGAGAGGAGGGUUUAAUGCAGAGCUGCAACCAGAUGCAUGCCUGCUACCUCUUCCAGCAGGACAAACACUACGACCUUUCCUAUGACACCGGAGAUAAAGCGCUGCAGUGUGGACGCCACGUGGACAUCUUUAAGCUGUGGCUCAUGUGGAGAGCUAAGGGCACUAUAGGCUUCGAAGCUCAAAUCGACAAGUGCUUGGAGCUGUCCGAGUACCUGUACAACAAGAUCAAAGACAGAGAAGGAUACGAGAUGGUCUUCGAUGGGAAACCUCAGCACACCAACGUCUGCUUCUGGUACCUCCCUCCUGGGAUCCGCUACAUGGAGGACAAAGAGGAGAAGAAGAAGUGCUUACACAAGGUGGCCCCAGUCAUAAAAGCCAGGAUGAUGGAGUACGGCACAACCAUGGUUAGCUACCAGCCACAAGGGGACAAGGUGAACUUCUUCCGCAUGGUGAUCUCCAACCCUGCUGCUACCUUCGAGGACAUUGACUUCCUCAUCGAGGAAAUCGAGCGACUCGGCCACGAUCUAUAAGACUCCUCUCACCAAAUCCUCCUGUACUUUCCCCGUUGAUGGAUGAAAUGUUUGUCAUGAAUGUACCGGUAACCAUUUUCUUUUCUCUUUUUUCCUGUAAAGUCUAAUAUUUAAGAGUAUAUUUAAGAAAAAAAAAACUACAGAUAUAUUAUCAAAUGUACUGCAGCUUUUUCUGUGGACUGACUUGGUCCAGCGCUGUGUAAAAGUGCUUCUGUCUGCCUUUCUUAUGGUGUAGUCGCCGCAAGAUUAGUGUGAUCAUUGUGACUUUAUAUGUACUUUUUUGUGCUAUGAAAUGCUUGUGCAAUAAGUCGGUGAGGAAGAUCUGCCGUUUUUGGAUCAUUUCUCAUUCGCAGAGUUUGUUGUUAAGUGCCAAAUGUUGUUGUGUUCUAUCGUAAUAUUUUACAUUUUAAACAAAAAAAGCACUUCACUUUACCUCAGCUUAAUUAACUGCCCGUACAACUGGGCAUAGAGUCCAGAGAACAUUUCAAUUUUAACCUCGACAACACUGCUGUGGAUGUGUUUUGAAAAAACAGAUGAGAUGAAAACACAAGAUCCAGAAACUGCUGAAUUACCCAUAAAAAUGUAUUGGAUGAUAUUCUUACUAUGGCUAAUCAUUCCACCAAAACUUUAGCCCCUUCUUUUACUUUGACAUUUUUAUAAGUUCCUCAGUGGAGCGAAGAGGGUAAAGGUCAUUUUGACCCCUCAUCCUCUAGUAGUUUUGCAGUUUGGGUUGAUUCGUUGCCAUCUUACUUAGAGUCGUCUGCCAUAAGAUGUUUCGUACCAACCAUGCUUCAAUUCAUUUCGCACUUGCUUUGAUAACUGAUGAUUUAAAGUAAAUCUUAUUCAUCUACUCAUACCCUACUGUACAAAAUACAAUUCCAAUAACUAAUAUUUACCUGCAGAAGGUCACUCAUAGUUAUUUUGAUUUGAUCAUAAUCAGUAAUAUUCCAUUAAGAGUCGACUGGCACAGAUAGGUAAUAGAGCAACAAUCAAUAGAAAUUGAGUGCAAUAUAUAAUAUAGAGAAAAUAAGAUUUAGGGAUGUGUCGAUUAUUUACAUCCAUAAUUGACCAAAAUAUUCAAGUACCAGGAAAAAUAACUGCACUGAUUAAAUAAAGGUAUGAAAUGGAAGUAGGUUGAAAUGUAACGGCAACACGUGGGGUCAAAAUGGGGUAAAAAACGGAGAGAGGGCAAAUUUACCCAAGUUGUCCUGGAUUUUGGCAGCAGCAGUCAUUUUAAUGUUUAGCACUGUUUGAUGCUUAUAGUACUGGUGGGCUUAUGCAGAGUAGGCUGUUAUGUAGUUAGUUGUCCUGUAUUCUUCACCAAAAAGGUUUUUUUUUUUUGUCAAUGAUCAGUGUUUCUUCACAAAAAUGGGGUUUUCAUGUAGACGGUGCAUCAUAAAAUGUCUGUUUUAAAGAAAUAUCCAUCUUAGUUAGGACAAGGUCAUAGGUAGUUCUUAAUAGAGUGUAAAAAUAGAAAUACUGGCCCUGCUUAUUCACAAGAGAGUUGGCCUAAAGAAACAAAAAAUAGCUCAAUGUCAGCCAUUACUACAUACAGUAUCGUAGAGUUCUUAAAACUAGAAGGUUAAAGCCAAGGAAUACAAUUUUGAUCAAUCUUAUAAUGGCAGCUUUUUAAACUGGGACUCUAAAUAAAGGUGGGAACAACCAAUCAGUUGAUCAAUGAAAUGACAAAAGUUUAAACAGGUGGUUAAAAAGGUAGUCCCAAUAGAUAACUGUAGAAUAAGUUUUAUUAGAGCUUAGCAGUGAUAGAAAAUUUUCAUGUAUUUGAAUGUAUCCAAAUACAUGGUUUUGCUCUUUUUAUGAAAGGGUUUUGCAAGUCAUUGUUGAUUGCACUUAGGUUUAGCUGCUGCCAUUUCCAUCAAUGUCGUAAUAAACGUCUCCAAGAACUUCUCAUAGUGUAACAAACUAUUUACUAUGUUUGGGCAUUAGACUCUGCACAUGAUGUUCAUUGGUCCUGCAUACGCUGGUAACUAUAUUGUUAAUUUAAAAUGAAAAAUCUAAAAAUUAAAAUGUCAGUUUAUGCUUUUCUCCCCCCAAUAAUUAGGCUUCCAUUAUUAACUGAUGAUUGAUAAAAAAGAUACUCUUGUUGCUUAAUCUAUGGUCAAAACUGUAGAAAAAGCAAGAAUCUAACCAUAUAUAUACAAAAACAAAUGCUAAACAUUUAGAAACAGAAGGUACAGCGAAAAAAUGAAACGAGCCUCAGCAAUCCUUUGAACCCGGUGAUUCCACACCAUUUAUUUACUUAACCUGUUUCUAAGUCGCACUUUUAUCACAUUUUCCUUCAACUGAGAAUAAAAGUUGGAGUUUAUUUAAAAAAGUUAAUGUUUUAUUAAAUUCACAGGGCUUCUGUCAAGCUGUUUGUGUAUAAAUAUAACUAGUUCGAAACCAAAUUACUUUAAUUUGUAUAAACUGUUAUCUCUACCUGUAAAGUGGCAAAUCUCCAGAACCGUCAUUUUGACAUCUCUCCCUUAUGUUUAGCACUUAAUAACAAAACUAUAAGCAGAAUUACCUUAAAUCUCUUGCAGGACAAUAAUAAAAUUAUUACUGUUUUGUUCAGAUUUAGGUACUUUAACAGAUCUGCUGAACACCAAACAUUACUUGCACUAAAUUAUUGUGGAGAGGAGGCAGCAACUCAAGGAGCACUGCAACUGAGAUUCCUUCUGUAUUCAUUCACAAGCAAUAUUUAAGGGUCCAAUCUACAUAUCUUGCAAAAUCGUGAAAGAAACGGUAAAAUAUCAGCGCACGUUUACAAAAGAUAUUCAUGUUUUCAAACCAAGCACAUGAUAAUUUUAGGUAAUAAAAAUAAUCUGUAUAAAAGCAUGCUUAUUGUAGGCAGGGUUAGCUGUUGAAAUGUGAACUCUAAUUGAUAUUGUUUAAAAAAGCAGAGUUUUGUAGCAUUUUCAUUACACUGAGGUAGAAAAGCACAAUUUGCUCAACGCGGUCGUUCACUGAACAAUCACUUUUAAACAUAGACUGUAAAUACUACUUCAAGAUGUCCUAAGUACAUAUCUUUUGUGUAUACAUAUGUGUAUAUAAGACAUAUAACCAGAGACUAUUUGUGAGGUAAAGUUGUUCAUAUUUUCUCUAUAUCUGAUAUAGAUGCCCUGUAUUUUCAUCUUGUCAGCCCAAAAGGCUUUAAUUUUCACUGUGUGUGUGUAUGUAUGUGACUCUUCUAGCUGUUUCAAGGACAACUUGUUUCAGGGACUGGCUUUAAAGAGAACGGACAGAUUUCCCCUUGAAAUAUCUCAUUAGGAGGUGUGAAACUCUGCUGUUUGGGUUUUAAAUGAAUAUGCAAAGCCAUUUUUUGACUCUGAAACUCCGUGUUUUUCUGUGCACAAGUGAUACUUGACUGUAUGUGCCGACGUGUACCUUAGUGUGUUUGUAACUGUGUUGCCUUAGUAAAGAUUUUUGAGUAUUGUCUAGUUUUCCUCCCGAAAAAAGGGGGGAGAAGGUUGUGCACUUUAGAGUAUAUGAUCUUAAUAAUGUGCAAUGUCUAAUGGUUGUUUAUGAUUUAAUGUUUAAAAAGAUUCUCUAAAAAAUGUAACUGAUGCUCUUUGGUCUGAAUGUGAAAGGAAUUAAGGGUCUGUUUGAAAUAAGGACAUUUAAUUUAAUUUUGUAGGCAUAGUAAAGCUUCUGGACAGAAUUUGUUUCCACUCCCAAAGUGGAACUGUUGUGCACACUGUGACAGAGACAACAUCAGAUUCUCACCAACUAAUCUCACUGUGGUGAGUUUAAAAAGCCAGAUACUUUUUCACAGGGGUGUGGACUCUGGUCACAUCGCUUGAACGCAAGUUACAAAUCUAAAGACUUCAGACUUGAUCAAAUAGGCAGAAAACUAGGACUUUAACACACUUGACUCAUGACUUCAACUGGAUUUAAGUCUUUUUACUAGACUUUAAGUCAAUUUAAUUUAGUGAUAAUUAAUCUAAAAGGGAAAUUACAUGCUGGACGAUCUCAGUAUCCACGUUUCUUCAAACAUUAAUAAGUGUGUAUGGCUCUGGGCAGGAUGCUGUGUUGCAGCUGAUGCAAAGAAGCUUCUGAUUGAAGAUGCUCUGUUUGUGAGGUACUGUGUUGUGAACAGGAUGCUCAGGAUUGUCUAUAUGCUUCUAUUUGAUCAAGCAUCCUUCUUUGAGCAGAUCAGUCUCUCGAACAGAACCAGCCUGCUUUAUCAGUUUGCUUAGCUUUCCUAACUCUCAGCCUCGGACAGCUGCUACCCCAACAGAUGACUGCAGAUAAAACUGCACUCUCCACCAAAAUAUUAUAGAAGGUCUUGAUCCAGGACUCAACUUGGGUUUUGGGUUUUGAUCUCGGGUCUUCCACAUCUUAACUUUGGACUUGACUGUGGACGUACAUGUCUUCACUCGAGACUUGCUUUAAGAUUGCACUCGACUUGGAACUUAAUUCAUGACUUGCACUUUGUUAACUUUGGCCUCAACUUGGGACUGGCAUGGCUUUAUUUGGUUCUUGACUUGAGACUUGAGUGGAAAGAUGACUUGUGACUGGGUCCCACCUCUGCUUGUUCUUCUUGCUGCUCUUGCUGCUGCUACACUUGCUUCCCUUGCAUGUGCAUGCGAUUCCUUGCCUUUCCAGCUUGUUUCAUGUGCAGUCUCCUAUUUAUCUACGUGCAUAUAUGUUUACUGUAUGUAUAGCUCCUGUAAUUAGCCUAAGUGUCCUACAUAUACGAAUAUAUAUAGCUUAGCUUGUAGAUUAGUGCACUGUCGCUCUAGCCUUUACAUGUAAUCUCUGUGUCUUGGCCUUCCUGUAAAGUCUCUCUGUGCUGCAAGCAUGCCGACCUCGCUUCGCAUCGUAUUCCUCUCCGAGCUUGAUCUGACUUUCUCUCUUUUCCCUCUUUCUGCUUGAAGACUGUCGCUGCUUUCAGUGUCUUAUAUACAUAUAUAUAUAUAUAAAUGUAGUCUUUCAGCAUGUCUUUCUGAAAGCUUUACUCUGCUCUGCACCUUUAUGACCUUUUCUAUCUUUCUCCUUCUGCUUUCGCCCUCUGGUAGCAGUGUCUUCGUGGUUUCCUCUUAAUGUGUCUCGGCUACCUGAUGUUGCUCUGUUUUUGUGUCUGAAAUGGUAGGUUAACCCUGUGGGAUGUAGUAGGUUCAAAAUACAGAAAGAAAGAAGAAAAACAGACCCUGGUUUCUUGUUUAGGUUAAAUGGUUUUCUUUUCUUUGUUUUAUGAGGACAGAUAUAGUUCUCAAAGAGGAGAUACACUCAGUAAAUAUGGUGCAGUUUCUAAUCAUGUACUCUGCAAACUGCUGUACUGGCUUUCAAAGAUGCAUUUGUCCUAAAUUAUAUGUUACUCUAAGGAAAGAAGAAGAAAUAAAUAUAACCAAGAUAACA